AUGCCGAAAAUGGGAAUGCUCCGUCUAUUUCUUAUCGUUCUGCUGUUUUUCUCGCUCAGCUUCCUAACCAUCGUCAACACAUUUUCUCGUGUAAAUUCUACUUCCAGAAAUGAGUUCGAAUCGAGCGAAGUUCCGAUUGCCCAGUAUGCCAGGUUCAAAUCAGGAUCAGAAGAUGUCAUAGCUCGAUAUCUUCAGAGAAUUUAA